UGUGAUCAAUAGAUUUUUGUUGUUGUACAGAUCAACUUAAUCAUUAAUUGUAACUUACUGAUUAGUAUAUAUAAUAUAUAUACAACUAUAAUGUGUUAUUUGCUUUCAUUGUUAACUUCCAUACGAUACAUUCAGCGUAGAUCAAUUCACGAAGAUUCUAAGAGGAAAGAAACCCAUUUACUAAGAUACACAAAACAUGAACAGUGUUCCUUCGAAAUUUAUUUACAUCUUUGCUAUUAUCUUAUUAUUUAGUCUUUAUAUUGAAUAUACAAACGCUGGAAGUAUCUUUGGUAGUGACACACCUAACUCAACAGCUACGACAAUGAAACCAACUACAACAAGUAAACCUUCGUCUGGUGCUACAAUGGAGAAGGCAUAUUACACUGUAAUCGGUUCUGUUCUGAUUGCAAUUACAGUAUGCCGAUAUUCAAUCUAAUAAUAUUAUGUUUCAAAAUGAGAAAAUGAUAACGAUGAUAGUGAUGAAGAUUAAUAACCAUUUGUAAACAUUAUAAUUCAUUAGAACUGUUACUUUUCAUUGAUGAUUCAUGAAAUAUGUUUUGAUUUGAUAAUACUAAUCUUUUAUGAAUUAAAUCUAUUUUAGUUUGAUGAUCA